AUGGGGUUCAGCUCCGAGAGGACAGAAUAAAACACACCCAACAGAGGCAACACUUCACUAGAUGUCAUUUUGCGAAUUUAUUUUCCUCUUCCAAGAUCACGCUCAACUAAACUUGCCGCGUGUUUGCCCGAGCCAGGACUAGCUUCUGUAAGACCCUGAUAGCCGGCGAUCCUUUGCUGGAAGCGGAGCUUUAUUUCGGUGAGGUUUAAAAUGAGUGCUACAUUCAGCAGUCUGCUGGCAACAUUGUUUCUACUCCUGGUUCUGAGGGUGGAACAGAUCGCUGAGGCGUGUAGUUGUGCCCCGAACCAUCCCCAGCAAGCUUUCUGUAAUGCAGAUGUAGUGAUAAGGGCGAAAGUGGUUGCAAGUAAAGCAGUGAUUUCUGGGAAUGACAUCUAUGGAAAUCCCAUCCAGAAACUCCAGUAUGAGGUCAAACAGAUAAAGAUGUUCAAAGGACCAGAGCACAACAUUGAAUAUAUUUUCACUGCCACUUCUUCAGCGGUGUGUGGAGUCACGCUUGAAACAAAUGGGAAAAAAGAAUACUUAAUUACAGGUAAACUGGGUGAAGAUGGAAAGAUGUUAAUCACACUCUGUGAUUUUAUUAAGCAAUGGGACAUGUUAACUCCCACACAGAAGAAAAGCCUGAACCAGAGAUACCAAAUGGGAUGUGAUUGUAAGAUUAUCAGAUGUCCAUCCAUUCCUUGCUACAUUACCUCUCGAAGUGAGUGCCUGUGGACAGACUGGGUGACCGGGAAAAGCAUUAAUGGACGUCAGUCCAAGCACUAUUCUUGCGUUAAGAGGAGCGAUGACUCCUGUGCAUGGUACCGAGGUGUAAAUCAACCCAAGAAAGAGUUUCUGGAUGUAGAGGAUCCAUAAUUUUAUUCCAUCAAACUCACUAUUCAUCUGAAAAUUCACAUAUAAGUGUUGUCUAUAAUAUGAAAAAUAUAACCCAAAUUUCUUCUGUCCAAUAUCGCAGGUCUGUUUGCUUACUGUGUGGUGUUACCUGUAUGUAACAUGGCAUAUACUUUUCUUGCAUUUUGGCACCAGCUGUACAGUGUGCAUUUCUCUGACUAGAAUUUGAAAUGCACUUUGGUUUGUUUUAGAAAGCUGCAGCAUUGAAAGUAUUUGGUAUAGUCUGUGUUAAAUGUGAGGAUUGACUCCUCCACUUAUUUGUAAGUAUUUUUCACCCUUGAAGGCCUAGAGUAGUGCAUUUGCAUUCGUGUCCAGAAAUAACACACCUCCCCAUUUUAUUCGGAAGUGCUGUUGUUUUUAAGAAUUGCAGACUCUAUUCUUGAUCUAAUUUAAUAAGUCUGCCAUGAUAACUUAAUAUUGCAAUUUUAGACUUUGCAUGAUAGAAAUAUGUCGUAAGCUGAAAGGUAAUCAAUGCUGAAAGAGUUUGAAUAUUUAUUCCUUUUGCAAGUUAUAUUUCUUCUUUCUUCCAUAAUGGUUGUCAUCAUAACAUACAACAGUAAAAUAUUAACCAACUAUGAGCCAUGAUAUUGAUUAUCAUUAAGGCCUUAAUUAUAAUGGGUAUUGUGAUCAUCUAAACUUCUUUUUUCUUUAAACUUUUUUUGUGUUCAGCAAGAGAUGUUUAUAUUGGGAAUGGAACUCUUGUCAUUGCUAGGUACCCAGCAUUUGCUUCCAGCACAUUGUGCAGAUAAUGCUGCCAGAUACAGAUUAAACCUUUCUUUUCCUUUUCCCAGCAUCAUUCCCCAUCCCACCACAACAAUUAGCAUUUACAUUUUUCAUGUAACAUAUAAAACAGUCCCGGGCACUUGUGUGGAAUGUUGUUAGACAAUUUAAUGAGCCCUUCAGGAGACAGGUGACCAAAACUUGAUUCUAAGAAGUGUUGUAAAGAUUUAAGAUGGAGAAUCAAAAAGGUUUAGGGAGGUCCUCCCAGAGCCAUGUUUGUUACACCAGUGUGAUGUCUUUUUUUAAAUGUUUCUCUCCAAGCAAGAUUUCCAAUUAGCAGAUAUCAAAACAGCUUUAUUAUUUAAAUCUAUGACAGUUGAGAACAGCAUUAUAACUGCACAACUGUAACAUCAUAACUAGAAUCCUUAGCCUCAAUAGAGAAAGAAGAUAUUCAUCCCAUCAAUCCAGUUGUCCUCCAUUAUAAGGUCAGAAGUAGGAAUAGUUGCUGAUGACUGUACAAUGUUUAGCACCAUUUAUUACUCCUCAAAUACUGAAGCCAUAUGUAGCAAGACUUUGACAGCAUUCCAACUUGGGCAGUUAAGUGACAAGUAACAUUAGCGCCAUACAAGUGCCAAGCAAUAACUGUCUCCAGCAAGACAGAGUUUAAUCAUCUCCCCUUGACAGUCAAUGACACCUAUUGAAUUUCCUACCAUAAUUGAAUUUCAUUACUAUCAACAUCUUGGAAGUUACCGUUGACCAGAAACUGAACUGGUCCAGCUACAUAAAUACUGUGCCAAUAAAAGCAACUUCAAAACUUGGAUUCUGAGUAACUCCCUUCCUGACUUGCCAAAUUCUGUUCACUACAACAGGGCAAAAAUCAGGAGUGUGAUGGAAUACUGUGUGAUGGAGUACUCUCAACUUAACUGGAUGAGUGCAGCUCUAACAGCAAUCGGGAAGCUUGACACCAUCAGCCAAAACAGACCACUGGAUCAGCACCACAUCCGUCACCUUUAACAUUUACUCCCUUCACCACCAUUAUGGAGUGGUAGCUGUGUGUCCAAUCUACAAAAUGCACUGCAGCAAUGCAACAAGAUUCCUUCCACACCACACUUCUUUUUUUUUUUAUCCCACUAUUGCUCAGUGAAUAUCCUGGAGCUCCCUUCCUGACAGCACUGAGUGUGUGUGCACCACGAAAGGAAUGCAGCAGUUCACAAAGGCAGCUCAAUAGACCUUCUCCAGGGCAAUUAAUGCUGGCCUAACCAGUGACACCUAUAUAUCAUGAGAACAUAAAUUUUAAUAAAACAUUUGAAUCUGCAGUCUCAAAAACAAAAGCAAUGGUUAAUUCACGAUAGGGACCAUUUGUUUUCUUCUUUCUAAUUAUUACAUAAAUAUAAUGUUUCCUAAUCAAACUUUAGUUAAACAUUGCAUCCUGCAAAGAUGCUUUGUCUGGUAUGUAUAAUUGAUAAAUAGUUAAAAUAUAUUUUGCCCAUGGAAUUGCUAAGAUGGGCAGUUUACAAUUUGUUAAUAUUUUACUUUUUGCGUAUUGAAAUUCAGCUAAAAUCAAGUCUAUAAAAUUCAGAAAUUACUCAACCACUUAUUUUAAAUGAUAUUUGGAUUGAAAAGAUUAGAUGAAAUGAACUCUUUCUUGUAGUCUUUAAAAUAUUGGGCCAGAUCUUUUGACACCAGCAUCAUGAACAUUGAGAUACUCGCCGCUGUUGCAUAUCAGGAUCUUUUGGGAGUCCUGAUCCACACGCACAUUGCACUGCCUCUUGUGUGAUGCUUACCCAGAUACAAACAGUAAUGUUGUCCUGUUGUUGAAUUCUGGCAUAAGUUAGUAAAGGCAGAGUCUACCUUACCAUGAGACAUCCUAUCCCACCCGAUUUAACCAAACACCCAUUCAGUCACUCACUGAUCUCACUAUUAAAAGCCUUGAGUCCUUAAAAUUUACCUGAUCGCAAUGGUUGGUGUGCGGAAAAAUGGAGUGUUCCUCAUCAUCUUGUUCUUUGCGGAUGGCUGUGGUGAGAGAUCGCUACUGGACAAAAAAGCACAGAUGCAAAGAUCCAAAAGGUAGGGAUUUAAUGACGCUUGCAGUCAGCAACAAUUGCUGACUGGAAGACCUGACCCUUUAUUACCGUGUUAUUCGAGAGUGUGGUAGAAAUUGGAAACUCUUGACCUUGGGGUCAAUUGAAGGUUUUAAGAUGGAGGUUUUUUAGCUAUGGUAAUGGAGGAUGGAGGACAUGGGGAAAUUGUGGAUGAAUAGUUUUAAGGGACAGGUUAUCCAUUUUACUGAAUGCCAGAAGAUGUUCAAGAAUCUAUAUCUUUGUUUUUAUUUGUAGUCCUCUGAUUUCUUUCCAUGAUCCAUCAUAAUGCAAUAAAUUGCUUGAUGCACUAGGUUAGUUUUUGAAUAAUCUUUUUUUAAAAUAGUUAUCUCAAUGUAUUCUUUCAUUUUAUCGACAAAAUCCAACUUAUUUUUUGCUUAGCCCAAUGUUCUAUAAAAACAAUUGCAGUGUUAAUGGCAUUUUGGUAAAUGCUGGUGAUAAACCAUUAAUGUAUUUUGGUGGAGUUGCCAAUAUUAUAUCAAAAUAGAUUUUUAUUAGUGUGAUUAGAGUUAGUUAUUGAACCUUCUUUAUGUAAUUUUGAAAUCUCCAAGACAAGGUAGCAUCAAGAUUAUGCAGAGUUUUAGGCUUUUACUAUAUAGCUUUUUAAAAUUGGAUCGCAAGGAGCAAUAUUGCAGAUGCUGGAAAUCUGAAAUGAAAAUACAAAAUGUUAGAAACACUCAACAAACAUGACAGUGGCAUCUCUGAAGAGAAGGAGGAAGGUACCAGUCUCAUAACCUUUCAUUACAUAUGCAGACCUGAAAGAUGAAGCCUAUUUUCCUUGAUUCACAGAUGUUGCUGGCCUGUUGCGUUUCCAGAAUUUUUGGCUUCCACAAAAAAAUAGCAUUUUUAAAAAGAUUGGAAACUGGAAAAAUACUCAGUUGCAAAACAAAAAAGGUAUUUCCUUUUGAACUGUAGAAUGUUGUCAGUCCUCAGAAUUAUUGAUAUUUUUAAAUCAACCUGUUAUGACACGUGUGAAACAGGUGGUACUUGAAGCUAAGCCCUCUGGCUCAGAGGUAGGGGUACUACCACUGCAGCACAAUAACCAUCAUCAGGGUGAUAUGGUUAAUCUCUUUUACUGGGUUGGAUUAAAUACUAUUGAUGUGGUCCAGCCCAUCAGUUGGAGAACAAGUGGGAAACCCACGUUGCCACAAGAGGGAGCUGCACCUGAUGAAGGGAUUGGUGACAGGCCCUCACUGAGGUUCAACACACCAGUGUGGAAACCCCACCUUGCCAAGAGCUCAAAGGCCAGUAGCGCUCCUUCAAAAGUGGUGCAAGACUGGAAGGAGACUGCUGCUAGUAAUGUAUCUAAAGCGAGGCAGAGGAUCACUGAUCACAGGCCACGGAUAAGUGAAGGGUGGGGUGGGAAUCAUAAGGUGGAUGGUGCAGGGUGUUUCGAGCCCACUUUCUGUGACUGACCCCUGCCCAGUAGUGGUUCAUUUGAUAAGGAACCAAGUACUCUUUUAAAAAAGGGCGGAGCCACCCUGCAGCUCCCAGAAGACCAGGUUUGCCUGCUGACCUUCUGCAUAUAGGGGAAAGCCAUGAAACCUGCAUGUCAUCCCUGAGCCGUCAUUAAAUUCCAGUAAGUUCAGGGAUAAUUAGUGUAAAUUGGUUCAAAUUUAGUGAGCCUAAUUGGCAACUGGCUCACAAGUAAGUCCCCUCACCCCACCCACCUACCAUGGCCCAUUCCUGCCUCCAACAUAUUCAUAGGAGAUUUUCACUACAGCCAGACUUUAGGCCUCUCCAGUGAUUAAGUGGGCCCAGUCACUGUGCUCCUCCCGUGGUGAUCUCCAUAAAAUCCAGCCCAGUUUGUAUGUUAACAUGAGAUGUGGAAAUUCAGCAGAGAGGACUAUCAAUCACAUUUGAUUUAUUGCCAUGUUCUUUUGAGAUAUUAUUUGCAGGCAGAUAGUUCAGAGCUUUCAAAAAAAAACAUUGGAUCCAAUUUUAAAAGCAUUGAAAUAUUCGUAGUUCACCUGUAGUACAGCUGCCUUGUAAAUACUUCGUGAAUAUUUCUUUCACAAUUAACAUUCUUUUACGAUUACCAGUACAAAAAAAAUGAGUUUUAAUAACACUCUGGAUAGAAUGUCGCAUACCAAAAGUUAUUUUUCUACAUUCUUGAAGUAUCUUUGUACUUAUUGCCCAGAUGAUAAGAUUUGAUCUAUUUCUUCUGUAAUUCUUUUUUAAAGGUUUUAUUAAUAGAAUGUUUAACUUAUAAUUCCUUUAAAGCUAUGCUUUUUAAGUAAUAAGUGUUCAGAAUGGACUUACAUAAUUUAAGGCUUUGAUGUUUUGCAAAGAUUGUUCGAAAAAAGUCAGAGACUUGCAAUUUGUUUGAUCUGUACACAUAAAAACGAUGAUGAGAAACAUUUGCUGCAUGUGUUUGUUAUUCUGUAUAAUUCAUGUAGUAAGUUCCAUGUGGAUUGGAUUCAUGGAAAAGUAUGGUAUUAUCAAAUAAAGAUUUAUUACUAUAUGUUGCUAAAAUA